UAUUCAGGAAGUGCUGCUGAAGGAAAAAAAGCGAAAGACAAAAACAGGUCGGGAUCCUCAAUCUCGUUUGCCAUGGACGAAUCGGAAAUCAAGCAAAUAAGUCAACAAUUAACAACCGCUUCUCAUCUAGAACGAUUAGCAUUGACCCUGAAUUUUUCAGUGGAACAAUAUAGCAAGCUUCCGAGUUACAAGAUCUCAGCCUACCGCCUGCUUAAAGCAUGGCAUGAUGUUGUGGUCGAGUGUGAUGAAAACCCAAAAAAGCUUCUGGCCGAUGCCUUAUUAGCAUGUGGAUUCAGGGACCUCGCUGUCUCAUCCUUUGGACAAGAAUUUGUAUAUGCUGAAGCACGGACAAAACCAAAUCCCGAAACAAUCAGAAGGAUUCAGGAGAUCGAGUUGGAAAAGCUGUCAUAUAUUUCCUUUAUAUCAGAAAAUGAAUGUCAUCACAAAGCUUCCGGAGGAACAAUACCAAAGACAGAAACAAAAACAAUACAGGAAUUCGAGUUGGAACCUUCUGAUUACCAAGGAGAACACUUAUCUCAUUCCAUGCGAUCUGAAGAUUCAGGAAAGAAAUUUAGAUCGGGACUCACAAACCGUUUUGCUAUGAGCGAUGGGAAAAUCAUGGAUUUGAGUCUGGAAAUAGAAGUCAUGGAUUUUGAAGAUUUAGCAUUUCACCUAGGGUUUACAUAUAUCCAGUGUAUAGUGUUUCGGCAAUUACGUGAUGAGGGCAUGGCUUACGGCCUGCUUAAAGUAUGGCAUGAUGCUGUAAUCGAGUGUGAUGAAAACCCAAAAGAGCUUCUGGCCAAUGCAUUAUUAAAAUGUGGAUACAGGGACCUCGCCGUCACAUCCAUGGGAGAAAGUUGUGUAUAUGGUUAGCUAAUAUUUUUGUAUUUCAAUUGCUGUCACAACAGUGUCAGUCUAAACAAAACUGCUCACUUUGGAUUGAAGGUUAAGUUCCCAUAAACUAUGUAUGGGAUAGAUACCAAGAAGGAAUUGAAGAAUGAAUUACAGUUGUUACUGCGAGCAUUCUUGGCAACACAAACUACAUUAAACAUGACAUUGCCAAACAUACUUUAGGGUUGCUUGUCAGCUAAAAACCUUAUACAAAGAAAGAUAAAAAGCUUCAUAAAUCACGUUGUUGAAGGUACAUACAAACUCAAUAUUCAAUGCAUUGUUCUUUAAAAUUGUUAACUAUCUUUUAAAAGCAUACCCCAAAGACUGUCGCAUAUUUUUAUGAACAAUUUGUAAAUGGUUAGCUAUUGUUGUUGUUUUUCAUUGCUUUCAAUGCUCUUAACCAAAACUUUUUUUCUUUCAAACUUUAUAUGAAAGGUUGAGUACUCAUUUUAUCGGGAGAUGAAAUUCUGAGUGUUUCUAUUGACCGUUUCAAGACGGUUCUCCCAUAUCGAUCAAUAUAUAGAAUGUUUCAAAAAAAUAUUGUUAUUUCUUUGUCGUACAUAUCUGUUCGAUAUGUCUUUGUUUGCGGCCGUAAUACAUAUUAUUACACAGCGUUUGUGUUAAUGGUCGUCGUCAUUGCCUUUUAAUAUUAACGUGAUAAUAGAAUUGCAUGUUCAUUCACACCAAAGUUACUACAAGUGUUGCCAAUGACAAAAGAACCCAAUGUGACUCAAGACUACUUAACCAUUGUUGUGAUAAUGUUCCAUGUAAUUGUUCAUCGUUACGUUAAGUUUAUUGAUAACAUUUGUAUCUACAUUUUGAUUUCGUUGCAAUGUGUAAAUGCCUAUAACUGUUCAAACGUACCAUUACAAGAUAUGCAGAAAUAGCAAUAUAUUCAAAAUCCUUUCUAAGAAGUAUGCUUUAAAAAAGACCAAGUGGUAUCGAGUCGCUGAUAAUUAGAUCACAACUAGUAAGGAAUGCUGUAAAAUAUGUUUAUAGUCACAAAAUUCACGUGUUGGAUGGCAAAUAGUUCCAAAACGUAGUAUGUGUAUUCCGUGAAUAUUUAACACAUUAAGUGUAAAUAAAUACUGAUAUAUUGUAAAGUCACGUGCAGACAUUUAUGAUCUCGAGAUCAUUUUUUAUCCGUUAUUACUUGUUGUGAAAUAUAUAUAUGUAUUUUCCAGAUGCAAUCAGAAAAGAGCCGAAGCCGAAGCAAAAAACAAUUAAAAGGAUAAGAGAGAUCGACUUUGAAACCGAUGUUUCAUUGAGAUAUAUGGAAAAGGAAGUACUUUCUUUACUUUCCAAUGGUUCGGAAUUUUUCAGUUUUAGAUAUAUUAUAUUAAUCUUUUGUCUUUCUUAUUAGUAGCAACAUUCCUAUGCUCUUAUAUGUAAAAGUCCUUUGUGGAAUUUGCUAGGACACUGGCAAUUGAUGUGUAUGGCAAGGAAGCAUUCUUUGAUUAACUAAAUAUUGUUUGUAUUGUUGUAUUUCUCGUUUUUUUGAAAGAGAUAUUUUUUACACACGCGUCUCAGUUCGUUAACUAACAUGACCAGCUCUGACCAAUGCUCGUUCUCAUUGUUUGUCUAUAAUUAUAAUA